CGUGUCGCGCUGAGGCGGGGUACGUGACGAACGCUAAGUACUUGAAGGACGUCCUCUGCCAUAUCUCCUCUGACUAUCUUGUCUCUCGUUUGACUGUGCUGUAUGUUAUUUCUCUGAUACUUGCUGCAUAACGAUUGUCCCCUGCAUCUUGACGGCCAUCUUCGUGUGUAGCAGCAGCUGUCGUCGCGAUGGCUAGCAUCGCACGACCUCCGCACACCCUCGUCGACAUCGUUCAUGAUGCCCUGGAACACCGUCUACAGGACCACGAGGCAGACCAGGACCUUCCAGAGCAUCCUCUAACACCGCCUCUUGGCAACACUGACCAAGCCGAGCGGCUUGUGAAUCCUGAAGCGGUCCAAGGCAACGAGAAUGAGCAACCGCCGCCACAUGAGCACGGCGAAGCAGACCCGACUGCGGUUUCGCAGGUCCAGGAGGCCUCUCGUCGAACGGACUCACCAGAAGAAGACGACGAACCCCCAUCUCCGUUGAUCUCGCGUGAGCAGGCCAAGCAUAGGCCGCGGCGGUCGUCACUUUCCGGUGUUCGUCUGCCACCUCCCAACACCCCUUCUGGACGCACAGGUCCCCCUCGGUCGAUCUCGCGGAGCUACUCACUCUCACAGCCCGGUGGCUUUGAUUCACGUAUCCACCAAAAGCGUGCGUCGGAGCCCCACGGACCGCCUGGGGAGGACGAGGACGAAGGUCCUGACCGCACUUGUGACUUUCGUACCACCAUUCCUUUCCGGGAUGCCAUGGAGUACCAGGAUCCGCAUCAGCGCGAGCGCGAACGCCAGAGGGCUGAGAAAAUGGCCAGAAGACGCGAUAGCGCCGCUGGCCAUGAUAUUUGGAACGCGAUGAAGAAGCGGCUGGACACGCCGCGAGAGGAACAAUCCCAUUUUCGUUGGCUGGUUGAAGGCGGCGAGGAAGACAAGGAACAGCGUUCUGAGGUCAAGGACAAGGGCAGGGCAGAGGAAGGCGUGGAACCGGAGGCGAACGAGAAACAUGACAAGGUCGGGAGCCCUACCGUGGACCCCAGCACACCGCAAGCGUCCGGCAGUCCGUCUAGCUAUCACGCUCGGCAUUCACAGUCUAUGCCGCACAUCCAGCGCAGCCAGUCUGAACAACAUCCGAACGUCGCUCCGAAGUGGAAUCGGCUGCGCUCCCUCAUCCCACAGAUUGCAUCCCAGAACAAGAGCCAUCAGCCGGCUCAGGCAUCCGCGGUAGUCCCGCAGUCGGUGAACAUUACCGACGAGCUGAUCGCAGGGGGCUUGUCCGCGCUCGUCCUAAGACUAUGGUUUGAACGCGACGAGCGAGACCAUAGGCGCGUGCCCAUCCUCUUCCACCGCUUGCGCAUUCGCGUCAGUGAUAGCUUGCACCCGCUUCACGGCAACAAGGCCGUCUUUCGCAUCGAGUGCGAGUACGCGAACGGUGCCGUGCGAUGGGUGGUGUAUCGACAGCUGCGCGAGUUCUUGUCGCUUCAUGCUCAUUACGCCGUCUCGAACGCGUAUUUCCGCAACGUGGACACACUGCCAGACUUUCCCAUGAUGAGCCUACCCUACUUCAAGUUCUUGAAAGAGCGGGGGCGAGAUGUCGGACGAGCUGACUUUGCACGCCUGCAACGUGAAGCGCUCGAGAACUAUCUCAUUGGCCUUAUACGCGCAGUCAUGUGGCACCCGUCUGCAAACCGUCUUGCAGGUUUCCUUGAAAUUAGCUCCCUUAUGGUGUCACUUGCGCAGUCGGGCGGCGCCCAGUACAAAGCAGGUAUGCUACGAAUCGAGGCCAUAGGCAACAAGGGUAGUCUCGGGCGUCGAGCGACCUCCUGGCGUGAGCGGAAGACGCCGAAGUGGUGCUCAGUGCGGGACAGCUAUCUAGUCGUGCAUGAAGAGAUCGGAGAGCUCACCGUUUGGGACGUCUUCUUGAUCGACACCGAGUUCAAGAUCGAGCGACCGACGCGAUAUUACCGACAGGGUCUGAACCUUCUCCAGCACUUCGAAGGCGAUCAUCCAGAAGAGGUGCAGCCAAUAGGACACGAAGGCGCCAUGGUCGAGCGCCCCGAGCCGCAUCAUCCACACACCUGGCACAAGAUGGGCUCGAUCAAAAGUCAUAUCGAGAAGGUCCUCCAUAUUCAUCAUCAUAACCCUGAGAAGUCCCGGUCUGCGUCGAACGUCAACGAGAAACAGGCGAACGGGAACGGGGAUGCCCAUCAUGGCGAUGGCCAUGCCGAUACCGAUCCAGGGCACCACAGACCGUCUGCGUCCACCGCUUGGAGAUCGUCGACAUCGUCCUCUUCGAGACCGGUAACACCCAUGCUGGAUCCGUCGACGAACACCAACCCAUUGCUAGGACCAGAAGAUCUCGAUGAAUACAAGCACGACGAGCAGGAGGUGAACAACAAGAAGCGGCUGAGGGCGAACGAGGUGUCGAAACAUACCUUCUACGUCGAGAAUUCUCAGAUGCGACUCAAGCUCUAUGCCAAGAACGAGCGUCAGAUGCUUCAGUGGAUCGCCGCCCUCGAGCGAGUUGCCAGGGAUUGUCACUACACGGGCAAAAACAGAUUCGAUAGUUUUGCCCCCAUUCGUCUCAAUGUUGCAGCACAAUGGCUGGUCGAUGGCCGUGACUACUUUUGGAACCUUUCUCGUGCUAUACUGCUGGCGACGGAGAGUAUCUACAUUCAUGAUUGGUGGCUAUCUCCCGAGCUUCAAAUGCGUCGGCCCGGGAUGCCUAAGUAUCGCCUGGACAAUCUCCUUGAACGUAAAGCGAAAGAAGGUGUCAAGAUCUACAUCAUCCUCUACCAAGAGGUGUCUAAUAGGACUACACCGACCGACAGCAAUUAUACUAAGCAGAGGCUUACAGCGCUACACCCCAAUAUCAUGGUCCAACGGUCGCCAUCGCAUUUUAUGACGGGCACCUUCUAUUGGGCGCAUCACGAGAAGAUGUGCGUGAUAGAUCAAGCCAUAGCGUUUAUGGGAGGCUUCGAUCUGUGUUUCGGACGGUGGGACACGCCGCAACAUGUUAUCAUCGACGAUCCGGAGGGCACCCCAGACGCAUCUGAACAGAUCUGGCCUGGAAAAGACUACAGUAAUCCUCGCAUCAGCGACUUUCAUACCCUCAACAAGCCGGAUGAGGAUAUGAUGCCUUGGCACGACGUCGGACUGCAAAUCGUAGGACAACCCGCUCGCGACCUGGCGCGUCAUUUUGUGCAGAGGUUUGCCGUUGCAAUUGGAGAUCUGAUUCUGCAUCAGAAUCAUACACGUGUAAUGCCAAUGCUGUUACCGCCGCCCGAGUUCCGGCCUGGUGAGCUCACGCAAAUGGGUCUUACUGGGACAUGCGAACUGCAGAUCUGCAGAUCUGCAGGACUCUGGUCGAUGGGUACGCCCGAUCGAAUUGAACAUUCCAUCCAGAAUGCGUAUCUGAAAGCAAUUCAGAUGUCGGAGCACUUCGUCUACAUCGAAAACCAAUUCUUCAUCACAUCCACUGUCGUCAACGAGGUUCCUAUCGAGAACCAGAUUGGAGAUGCUCUUGUUGCUCGUAUCAUUCGAGCACACGGAGAAGGAACUCCAUGGAAGUGCUGUGUAAUGAUACCUUUGAUCCCCGGGUUCACGUAUCCCAUCGAUCACAGCGAUGGUAGCUCGAUCCGCAUCAUUAUGGAGUGCCAGAACCGGACUAUCUGUCGUGGUCCUAAUUCGAUUUUUGGCCGCCUACGCAAGGAGGGCAUUGAUCCUGACGACUAUAUUUCGUUCUUCUCUCUGAGAAAUUGGGGCAAACUGCGAGACGGAGCUUUGACUACAGAGGAGGUCUACAUUCACGGCAAGGUCUGCAUCGUGGAUGACCGACUCGCGAUCAUUGGAAGUGCGAACAUCAACGAGCGUUCUCAACGUGGAGAUCGUGACUCCGAGAUAGCGGCUGUCAUUCGUGAUACCGACAUGCUUGAUUGUACGAUGGCGGGCAAGCCGUUCAAAGUUGGGCGGUUCGCUCACACCCUAAGGGUUCGGCUCAUGCGUGAGCACAUUGGGGUCGACGUGGAUGCAAUGCAUGAAGACGACUUGAUGGCUUCUGAACCUACAAAAUCUCCUGAUCAGCAGAGCGCAUGGGACCCCGAAAACGAAGAGCAGCAUGGUAAGGAGGCCGGCGUGACGCAUGUUGGAAAGGGGCAGAGACGAACUGCAAUGGGUGGCCUGUUCCGCGAUACACGCGAUGGUGUGGAACAAGCCAUUCAUGGAACUGGCGAGGCCGGUGACAAAGACAUGGCCAUGCUUUUGCGGAAGACCGGGAUCAAGAGUAAGGGCCUCGACCUCACUGCAGACGAGCGGAGCCUGGCAGAGGAACGACAGAUGUACAACCGUCAGGGUCAAAAGGAGCCUGGCUUUCCCAGUUCAGUCGUGCCGACUCUUGAGGAGAAGCUCGUUGCCGAGAACCGCCUACCAGGGCCACAAGCCAUUGACCACCCGAUUGGACCCGGAUCAGAGAGCGGGGACGGGGACGGUGGCGCAGCGCAACCCGAGGAAGUACGGAUGUCAGACGGCGAGCUCCUUGGUGCACCGGCCAAUGCUGCGCCCAAUCCCCAGAUGGACAGGGAACCUCCUCAUGCCAGAGAUGCGAGUAACGACGCUACUGGAGAGGAGGAAGUAAUACCUGGUGUCCGUUCUCUGCUCAGGAAGCAGGUGGCCGCGAAACUAGGGCAGAAACCUUGGACGCUUCCUACCCCGACUCCACGAGUAGACCCAGACGGAUUUGAAGAUCCGGUCUGCGAUGAGUUUUGGAAGAACGUCUGGUUGUCAUGUGCCGUACAUAACGUAAGCAUUGAGCUUGACCUUCACCGUAGCGAUGACCGAGAUUACAGGAAAGUGUUCCAUGCUGUCCCCGACGACCUCGUCACGACAUGGAAGCAAUAUCGAGAAUUCAUUGUUCACCACGAGCGUCUCAAUCAGCCUGUGAGGGAGACCGGCUCGCGUGAACCGCUCGGUCGUGUGCCCUCGGAGUCCGGAGACCAAGACGUACCAGGCCACAAUUCCGAGAACUCUGUCCACCCUGUAGGCCAUGCACAUACUGUCAUUGGCCACCCCGACGCGUCAUGCAAAGAGGAGGCCGACGGUGAUGCCCAGCCAUCGACUUCUAACACGCCGACUCCACCUGCCACUGUGCAAGAAGAGAAGUCCCGCGGACGCAAGGCCUCUCGUACUGCGGAGCCUUUCGAUGAAUCCGAGAGAGAAGAGAUGGAGCAGCUCCUGCAGGAGCUACGUGGUCAUCUGGUGAUCUAUCCAACACGUUUUCUGGAGGGAGAAGACGCGGCAAAUAAUUUCCUCUUCAACGCUGACAGGCUCAUGCCUUUACCCAUAUAUGACUGAAUUGAGGACUCUAUCAGGGACAUUCGUAUACUCGGACACUACGCACGUUCACUUCAUGGCAUCUACUGAUCUUGGUGUACUGUUCUAGCACUGAUUACCCAUAGCAUCCGACAUCUAAUUCCACAGGCUGAUUUUUCCCCGUAUUUGACCACGACGCAUAUCGGAAUGUGUGGCCAUAUUAGAUGCCGUCUAAUUGACCGACAUACCCGUUGUGUAUGCUUCAUUGACAAUCCUGCUUCUGUUCAUGCGCCGCUGAUUCCUUUGGCACGUGCACUGCCUGCAACGGAACGCUUUGGUUUCGGCUUCAGAGCAGUGCAUACGACUCCCGGC